UCCCUAUAAUGUAGCUAAAAAAAAUUGAAAAUACAUGUGCUUUACAAAUUAUGUUUGAUUUAUUAUAAUGACAUUUAUUCAACGAAGAACAUAACAUUUUAAGAUAAAAUGGGAAUGGUUAAGCAAGAGGUGCACCGACCUGGUGCAUUUAAGCAAGUAAAUAAGGCGCAUAAAACUGGUAGACAUCGUAGUAAAGGUUCAAUAAGUAGCGAGGCUAAAGGAAAAGUUGGAGUAAAAGCUUUAUCAAAACGUGCUCUUAAAAAUCUUUCAAAGGAUGCUCGAAGGAAUCAAUCUUCCCAAAUUAGAAAAAGGAAGAGAGAAGAAGUAUUGCAACAAAAAAGAAAUCUAGGUGGAUCACAUUUUGCACCUAUUCUUGUAUGCAUUAUUCCAUUGCAAGAAGAUGUAGAUGUUGAGAAUGUAUUGUCGAUAUUAACAAAAGCAGUUGAGACUGCAAAUAUAACAAAUAGUCCAUGUGGUACAACACAUUUCAGUAUACCUAGAUUUAAACAACGUUUUUCCAUUAUUAUUCCACCAGUUGGUAACUUGUUUGCCACAUUAGAUGUAGCAAAAGUAGCUACAACUAUACUUUUUGUUGCUUCUGCUGUAAAUGAAACUGAUAAUAAUCCAAGGGAAGAGGUCCUGGAUGAUUGGGGAAAGGAGAUUAUUUUACCUUGUGUUGCUCAAGGCUUAACUACUCCUGUAGUAGCACUUGUAAAUGUUGAAAGUCUUCAUAUAAAGAAACGCCAAGACUUUAAAAACCAUGUACAAUCUGAAAUUUCGAAAUGGCUUCCUGAAGAAAAAGUUUUUCAAUUGGAUACUUCCACAGAUGCUUUAAAUGUUCUACGACGAGUUGGUUCUCAAAAGCAAAAAACUAUAUCCUAUAGAAGUAAAAGAGCUCAUCUGUUAGCUGAAGAACUAAGGUUUCAUUGUAACGAGGGUUCCACAGAGCUUGGAACACUUAUGAUUUCAGGAUAUCUUAGAAAUGUACCAUUAUCAGUCAAUGGUUUGAUACACAUUUCUGGAUUUGGAGAUUUUCAAAUGUCUCAAAUAGAUGCUCCUGAAGAUCCAUACCCAAUGGAGAGAAAAAUAAGGAAACAUUGUAAUGCAAUGGAUGAUGAACAAUCCAUUAGGAUUCUCGAACGCGCAGAUCCAAAGAAACAAGAAUCACUCGAAAGUGAAAAUAUACCUGACCCUAUGGAUGCAGAACAAACUUGGCCCACAGAAGAAGAAUUAGCUCAAGCUGCAGCUGCUCAAAAAAAGAAAAUAGUAAAAAGAGUUCCAAAGGGAACAUCUGAAUACCAGGCAGCCUGGAUUCCUGAUGAGGAUGGAGAGGAAUUGAGUGACGAUGAAUCAGAAGACCAGAUGUCUGUUGAUGAAGCAAAAUCUCAAGCGGAUAGUGAAGUAGAAGCAGAAGAAGACGAGGAAGAAUACGAGACAAUUACUGUAUCUGAAGCUCCCGAUGAACGAUACGAUAAGAACAUUGAUAUAACGGAGGAGAAGGAGGCAAUAGACAAAUUAAAGCAAGCAAAAUUAGAUGCACAAUUUCCUGAUGAAGUGGAUACGCCGCAAGGUACAUUGGCGAAACAGAGAUUUCAAAAGUAUCGUGGACUUGAAUCAUUUAGAACAAGUCCGUGGGACCCAAAAGAAAAUCUUCCUAUCGAUUAUGCUCGAAUAUUUCAGUUCGAAAAUUUUGAUCGAACGCGAAAACGUAUAUUUAAAGAAUCUAAAGAAAUAGAAGGUGCUAUGCCUGGUUGGUAUAUCACAAUUCACGUUAUGAAUGUUAGACGAGAUCUUUUUACCGCAUUUUCCACGUUAGAAAGUCGUCCAUUAAUUAUAUUCGGUCUACUCCCGAAUGAACACAAAAUGUCUCUUCUAAAUUUGGUAUUAAAACAUACCAAUACUAGUUCACGACCAGUAAAAUCUAAGGAUAGAUUGAUAUUUCAAUGUGGGUUCAGAAGAUUUAGCGCAUGUCCAAUAUUUAGUCAACAUACAAACGGAAACAAACAUAAGUACGAGCGGUACUUCCAACCGGAAAGUACUGUUGUAGCAAGCAUGUAUGCACCAAUUACGUUUUCACCUUGUCCAGUUCUGUGUUAUGUAGAGAAAUUGAACAAAUCAUUGGAAUUAAUUGCAACUGGGAGUGUAUUAUCUGCAAAUCCAGAUAGAAUAGUUGUAAAACGAGUUAUUCUCAGUGGUCACCCAUUUAAAGUGCAUAAGCGAUCAGCAGUUAUAAGAUUCAUGUUCUUUCACCGUGAAGAUAUAAAUUGGUUUAAACCAAUUCAAUUGCGAACGAAAUAUGGUCGUAGAGGUCAUAUAAAAGAACCAUUAGGUACACAUGGACACAUGAAAUGUGUAUUCAAUGGUCAAUUAAAAUCGCAGGAUACGGUUUUGAUGAAUCUGUAUAAACGAGUAUUUCCAAAGUGGACAUAUGAACCUUUAUUAUUAACAGAGCUGGAACAUCAGGAUCAAAGCAUGAAUGUAGAAUAA